AUGAAAUCAUACUCUACUUUACCUAUUUUAGUCUCUCGCUACAUAGAAAUCAAGAAAUUAUCAAAAGCCCCUUCAUAUGCUCCAUUUGAAGUUGAAGACAACCCUCUUCUAGACGCUUCCUUGCCCGCUGACGAUCCUUGCACAAUUCCAUUUAAUGUGUUUUAUUCUGGCGAAUACAUAUCAGACGGCUUUUACACCGCAUGAGUACAUGUCCAGCCUCCUCUCGAAAUCCCAAGACUUUCCAUAAUAAAAGUCUGCCAUUGGAGCCUUGACUUAGAACCCAAGCUGAUUUUCAAUAUAAAAAAGGUCAAAAUUAUCUCAAACGCAUGCACAGAAAAGUCUUUCCCAACAAUCCCAAUUGAGCGAAAUCCAAGAGUAUCAGAUUUUCUUCAUUUGUUACACUAUAUGAAUAUUAAAGAAAAAGCAAAGCAAAUCCCAUGCGAACCGUCUGAUCAAUUUGGACAUAAAAACGUGUCUUCUUCUUUUAUGUCAGACGCACCAGAUUCGCAGCAGUCUUUUGAAGAAAUUGAAAGGCCUGUUAUCAGCAAUAUAAAACCAGUCACAAUUGGCACAGGACAAUUAAGCAAAACUAAGGCAGACUCAUUUAAACAAUCUCGUGUUGUGAAGACUCCACAAGGCUCACAAGAUGAUUUAAUUUCUACAUUAAACAGACAAAGAUCAGCAGAAAAGCCAACAGUUCCAGCAGCAUCUUUUAUAAAUACUCCAGCAGCCCCUAAAGUGCUGCCUUGAAGCACAAAACCGCAGUCUGAAAAAGUUCCGGAAAAUCCUAUAGAGUCUGCUAUAAAAGAAAUUGGUAUGGAAAAAUUCCCAUUUUGGGCGUUAGAAUACUUGAGCAUAGUUUAUAAGCAGUAA